AUGGAGCCCCCAGAGCAGCAGGUGAUGAUGGGCGGUGACCACACUGCCAGGUGUCCUUGGUUACACACAGAUGUGUCUGCAGGUGUGGUCCUGGCACCGUAUGGACCCGAGUGGCGAGAGCAGCGGCGGUUCUCUGUGUCCACCCUGCGGGACUUCGGCCUAGGCAGGAAAUCGCUGGAGCAGUGGGUGACCGAGGAGGCUGGCCACCUCUGUGACGCCUUCAUCCAGGAGGCUGAGCGUCCUUUCGAACCCAGCACCCUCCUGAGUAAGGCUGUGGCCAAUGUGAUCGCAUCUCUCGUCUAUGCCCAGCGAUUUGAUUAUGAAGACCCUUUCUUCAACUGGAUGCUCAAAACAUUGAAAGAAAGUUUUGGAGAGGACACGGGCUUCGUUGCUGAGGUACGAGCUCAGGGCAGUGGGCAUGGCUUUGUCUGUGCUAUUAAUCCUAUUUUUAAAAAAAGUAAGCUUCUCCACAGUUAAGUGGAGACUAGGGAC